UAUCUAACACGUCUCUAUAUGCAAUGUUAACAAUUUCACCAAAUUAUUUUUUCAAGAAAAUAUUUAGGUAGGCUACGUUGUAGAAUCCCCGUUUUAAUUGUAUACUCCACACAACAGGCGGCGACAGAGAGCUCACAAUCCCUUUUUUACUUCCGUUUCAAAUUCUCUGUGUGUACAUUUACCGAGAGUGAAUGUGAUAUCAAAUGUGCAAAUGAGUCUAGUUUUAACGUAAAACAUGAAGAUUGUGACUUGGAAUAUCAACGGUAUAAGGACAUUUAAGAAUGCAAUCAAAAAAAACCUGGACUCAUUUGACGCUGACAUUAUUUGUGUCCAAGAAACAAAAGUUACACGUGACCUAUUGGAUGAAAGAACAGCAAUUGUAGAAGGAUACAACUCGUACUUCAGCUUCAGUAAAGGACGCAGCGGUUACUCAGGGGUGGCAACCUUUUGCAAGGACAGUGCCACUCCAUUUGCUGCAGAAGAGGGAUUGACAGGCCUCUUGACCAACAAUGGAGAAGCUGGUAGGUGCUAUGGUGACCAAGAGUUUUCCAUUGAGGAGCUGCAGUUAUUGGACAAUGAGGGCAGAGCUGUCAUCACACAUCAUCAAAUAACGGCUCCAGAUGGACCACAAACACUUGCGGUUGUAAAUGUAUACUGCCCUCGGGCUGACCCAGAGAAACCGGAACGCAAACUCUUCAAGCUGCAGUUCUACCAGCUGCUUCAGACGCGUGCUGAGGCACUUCUGGCGUCUGGGAGCCACGUGAUCGUGUUGGGGGAUAUAAAUACCUCCCACCGGCCUAUAGACCACUGUGAUCCUGAUGACAUUGAACAUUUUGAGGACAACCCUGGCAGAAAGUGGCUCAAUGGUUUACUGUUUGGGUCCACAGAGGAGGAAGAGGACGUUGACCAAGACCAUGAUCCAAACUCCGAGCAGCCGGCGGUCUGCGGCGGGAAGUUCGUCGACACCUUCCGACUCUUCCACCCGUCCCGUCCGCAGGCCUUCACCUGCUGGAACACGAUGACUGGAGCCCGGCGGACCAACUACGGCACACGCAUUGACUACAUCUUCGCCAGUCGGCCCCUGGCGGAGACACUCUUCCUGGGUGCGGACAUCAUGCCCGAGGUGGAGGGCUCGGACCACUGCCCCGUCUGGGGCCACCUGAGCUGCGAGGUUCGGCCCAGCGCCCGCUGCCCGCCUCUCUGCACGUGCUACUUGCCUGAGUUCGCCGGCAAGCAGCAGAAGCUAUCCCGCUUCCUGGUCAAGAUGGCCGACCAGAGACCGGACUCAGUCAAUUCCAAAGAAGCCAAAGAGACACCUCUUCCUGGUUCCCAGGAAACGGGGGAGACCCGGGAGAACGUGAACCCUGUCGGUUUGGGGGUGAGCGCCGGGAGGAAGCGGGGGCUGGAUGGCGUGGCGGAGCCUUCAGCGCCAAAGGGUAAGAAGAGCCGUGUGGCAAAGGCAGCACCAGCAAAACCUCAGGGAAGCCUGCUGGCCUUCUUCAAACCUAAAGGCCCUGCUGUAGAACAGAAACCAAAGACCUCCGCUGAGCUCACAGACAGGACUGAGGACACCCCUCCAGAAGUCACCUGCAGCUUAGCCAAUAGGCACGCAGGUGGGACUAGUAACUCCCUACUGGAGUGUGGACCUGAUAUGAACAAGCACACUGUGAAGGACGUGUCUGACCUUAAUGGCACUGCAGAGGUCAAAGGUCAGGAGCCAGAUGAGGGCAUGGUCAGGGCCACAUUUCCUGAGGAGGGCGGGGACUCAAAGAAAGGGGCGUGCCCUGGCUUUUGGAAGGCGGUCCUGCGGGGCCCCCCGCCGCCGCCCCCCUGUAAGGCCCACGGCGAGCCCUGCGUCUUGCGCACAGUGAAGAAGGCGGGGCCAACCAUGGGCCGCCAGUUCUUUGUGUGCGCCAGACCACAAGGCCACGCCUCCAACCCCCAGGCCAGGUGUAACUUCUUUGCCUGGGUGGACAAAGGGAAGUAGAAGGGGAAUCCCGAAAUUCCACAGCGACAGUUGAGUUUAGUCUCAGCCCAUACUUGAGCAGCAGGGUUUAAUAUUGCUGUACUAGAACAAAUGAUCUCAAAUGGUUGUUUUUAUUCUGGGAUUUUUAUGAAAACACCUCACAUGUUAUCUGCUGCCACUGAAAAUAUUGCACUGGUAGAUAUGCAUCAGUCAUUUACAAUGUUUUUCCAAUGUAUCAGUGUUUCCAAUGUUUCAGUUACAUUGAGACAGUGUGUAUUGAGAGCAGUUGUGGUGUUAUUUCCCAGCUGUUUCAAAUGUUUUGUACAAUACAGCAAGCAACUACAUUAGAAAUAUAGAUUUUUUUACUUCCAUAGACUGUUUUUUUUUCUUUCAGUAUGAAUUAAUAAAUUAAUAAAUAAAGUCAGUCUUUUUACAAUGUGUGGUUGCUACCAAUCAUAUCCACUAGAUGGCGCAUGUGUUAAGGCAGUAUCUAACAGGAACUCUUGCUGUCAGAUGGGUAAUUGAUUAGUCUCACCAUUGAAUAGGAAGUCAGUGGUGAUAUUUACCAGGUAUUUCCCCACCGGACCUCCCACACCAGAUGCAACAGCCGUCAUUAGUAACAUAUCCUGUUUUGUCAACGACGUGACCUUCAGCAAACUGCCAUAUUUAUGUUGCCAAGUGUAUGGACAUAGUUUGGUAAAAUGAUCUCAGUCAUAGAAUAACCUUUCUAGGCUUUAUAUUUAUAAAUAUAAAUAAAAAAAGAAAAAAUAUAUAUAUAUUUAUAUAACUGAUCCAUACAUAACAUAGACCC